UCGCUUCCGAACAAACCGCUUGCUCCAGUGGCCGGGGACACGCACCGGGAAAGCAGGCGCCGUGUUUCCUUCCGUCCGUCCCCAUCGUCACCCACACCUCUCUGUUUUCCGGAAGCAGGGGAGUCGCGAGAUCGAUGAUGGGGGUGGUGGCGGUGGAGGAGGCGGGUUCUUCGUGGUGGGCGUGGAGGGCGGCGGCGGCGGCGGCGUGCCUGCUCGUCCUCCUGCACGUGGCAGCGCGGGUGGCGGACGCGCUCUGGUGGCGCCCGCGGCGGCUGGAGGCGCACUUCGCGCGCCAGGGCGUGCGGGGCCCGCCGUACCGCUUCCUCCUCGGCUGCGUCACGGAGAUGGUCGCGCUCAUGGCGGACGCCGCCGCCAAGCCCAUGUCGCCGCCGGACUCGCACGACGCGCUGCCCCGGGUGCUCGCCUUCUACCACUACUGGAGGAAGAUCUACGGGCCGAUGUUCUUGAUAUGGUUCGGGCCGACGCCGCGGCUGACGGUGGCGGACCCGGAGCUGGUCCGCGAGAUCCUCCUGACGAACGCCGACGCGUUCGACCGCUACGAGGCGCACCCCGUCGUCCGGCAGCUCGAGGGCGACGGCCUCGUCAGCCUCCACGACGGCAAGUGGGCGCUCCACCGCCGCGUCCUCACCCCGGCCUUCUUCCCCGACAACCUCAACCGACUGGCGCCGCACGUCGGCAGGUCGGUGGCGGCGCUGGCGGAGCGGUGGCGCGCCAUGGCCUCCGCCGGCGGCGGCGAGGUGGAGGUGGACGUGGCGGAGUGGUUCCAGGCGGUGGCCGAGGAGGCCAUCACGCGCGCCACGUUCGGCCGCAGCUACGACUCCGGCCGCGUCGUCUUCCGCAUGCAGGCUCGCCUCAUGGCCUUCGCCUCUGAGGCCUUCCGCAAGGUCCUCGUCCCCGGGUACCGGUUCUUGCCGACCAAGAAGAACCGGCUGUCGUGGAGCCUGGACAGAGAGAUCAGGCGGGGGCUCGUCAGGCUCAUCGGCCACCGCAGCGACGAGGCCGAGGAAGGCGGAGGCGCGGAGCUCAACGACAAGGGGAGCAACGGCUUCCGGGACCUGCUGGGGCUCAUGAUCAAUGCCGGGGGCAAGAAGGCGCCGGCGAUACCCGUGGCCGACAUGCUGGAGGAAUGCAAGACCUUCUUCUUCGCCGGCAAGCAGACGACCACCAACCUCCUCACCUGGGCCACCGUGCUCCUCGCCAUGCACCCGGACUGGCAGGAGCGCGCACGGCGGGAGGUCCUCGCCGUGUGCGGCGCCGACGAGCUCCCGUCCAAGGACCACCUCCCCAAGCUCAAGACGCUGGGCAUGAUCCUGAACGAGACGCUCCGCCUGUACCCGCCGGCGGUGGCCACCAUCCGCCGCGCGAGGCGCGACGUCACCCUCGGCGACGGCGGCGUAUCCGUCCCGCGCGACACCGAGCUGCUCAUCCCGAUCAUGGCGAUGCACCACGACGUAGCGCUCUGGGGCCACGACGCCACGGAGUUCAACCCGGCCCGGUUCGCCGGCGGCGCGUCCAGGGCGGCGGCGCACCCGCUGGCGUUCAUCCCCUUCGGCCUCGGCCCCCGGAUGUGCAUCGGGCAGAACCUGGCGCUCCUCGAGGCCAAAAUCACGCUGGCGAUCCUGCUCCAGCGGUUCGAGCUCGCGCGGUCGCCAAACUACGUGCACGCGCCGACGGUGCUGAUGCUGCUGUACCCGCAGUACGGCGCGCCGGUGAUCUUCCGGUCGGUCUCGUCAUUCCCACCGUCCGACUGACCGGCGACGACGAAGAUGGCGACAACGACGACCCUGAUGUCCAUACUGUAGUAGCAGUGGCUAGUGAAUAGUGAUAGAGCAAUAGAACAGCCAAGGAAAACCACUAAGGCCAGUCCUGUCGUGGCGUCGCCUGGCCGGGGGCCGGUGUGGCCGGACCUCCCUGCUUUGUGGGCCGGCGCCGGUUUGUUGCCGGAAAUGCCCCCCGUUGGUAGACUAGCUAGACCGGAGCAGAGAGUGGCAGCGCCUUUUGGACUUGACGAUGGCGUGGAACAGCACCAACAAACCAACCCCACAUCUGCUGUCGGGUCGGUUCCAUUUGUUGGCUUCUCCUUCCACGGAUUCUUCCUUCACCCCGUGCGUGACUGUGCGUGUAUGCAAGACGUGUGUGUGUGUGUGUGUGUGUGUGUGUGUGUACAGGUUUAUUUGUUCGUUUAUUUAUAUAUCUACAAAAAAGUUUUUUGUAGUGUACAGAUGGGGAUUGAUUGGAAGGGGAAAGUCCAAGAACCAGCGCAAAAGGAAA